UUGAAGGAGAUGUGAGGAGGUGCUAUGGGGAUGGGGGGCAGGAAGGGGUCUCUGAGGAUUUGGAUAGGUGCUGAGGGAAUAUGGGGUAUUGGGAAGAGGCACUGGGAUUUGAAGGGGACAUUGGGAGGUGCUAAGAGGAUGGGAAGGAGCAGGGAGCCCAUUCUGGGGAUUUGAAGAAGUGCUGAUGGGAUAUGGUCUAUUGGGAGGGGGCUCUGGGAUUUGAAGGAGAUGUGGGGAGGCACUUAGGGAUGUCAGGGAAUGACAGAGGUCUGUUAGUACAUACCUCAUAUAGUUUCCAAAAUUUGGACUAGACUAAAUUUAAAGUGAUCGGUGUCCUUUCCCAGAGCCAACCUCAUCCUUAGGAAAUGUUUCUUAUUAUUCAGCCUAAAUUGUCAGAAAGGAUGAAAUCAACAGACUUAUGCCUGAGCUCUGAAGGGACUGAAGUUAUUCUAGCCACAUCAAGUGAUGAAAAAUACCCCCCUGAAAACAUCAUUGAUGGAAGUUCAGAAACAUUUUGGACAACAACAGGAAUGUUCCCCCAGGAAUUCAUUAUUAAUUUUCAUAAAUGUGUAAAAAUCAGCAAACUCACAAUCCAGUGUUACUUAGUACGGAGUUUAAGGAUUGAGAAAAGUUUAUCUAAAGAUCCAGUAGAUUUUGAAGAAUGUGUUGAAAAAGAUUUACAAUACACAGAAGGGGCACUUCAAACAGAAGAAUUUUCUCUUCCUGAAUUCCAAGCUACCUACUUGCGAUUCAUCAUCAAAUCUGCCUUUGAUCAUUUUGUUUCAGUGCACACAGUGAUGGCAGAAGGAUUAGUAGAUAAUAUUUAAGAACAAAUUUAAAGAAUUGCCUCAAAACUACUUUGCAAUGAUAUUUGUAGUAUAAAACAUAUGUAUAUUAAUAAAACAUUAUAUUUACAUGGAUUUUUAAAAUCUGGAUCUAGUAUGUUUUCCCCCCGUCCCAGCAGUGUAAUGUGUAAUGCAGUACCAAUUAGGAAUGUCAUCGUGUAGAUGACUACACAAUUAACCAAUAAGCUUAGG